AUGUCUUCAUCUGCAUCUGUCGUCUCUACAGCCCACAGUGCUAGAGGAGGAAGUGGUGGAGGUGUGACCAUUAAGCGAAAAGUGGAUGAUCGCAUUCGAAAUCUUAUUGAAAAUGCCGUUCACAAGAAACACCGUGCGUUAAUUCUUCUUGUUGGUGAUCGCGGUAAAGACCAGAUUGUAAAUCUCCAUCAAAUGGUAUCUCAUGCAAACCAUAAUGCCAAAGUAAAUAUGCUCUGGUGUAUGAAGAAAGAUCCGGAUUUUGGUUCUACUAGUAAGAAACAACAGGAGAAACGUGCCCGACUUGAGGUAAAGGGUGGUAUGUCUACAGAAACAACAAAAGAGGCAUUUCAAACAUUCCUCUCACAAACACAAAUUCGUUUCUGUCAAUAUAAAGAAACACAUAAAGUACUUGGACAAACCUUUGGAAUGGCUGUAUUACAGGACUUUGAGGCUAUUACACCUAAUACACUUGCUCGAACGAUUGAGACUGUAAAAGGAGGUGGUGUGGUGGUUAUUAUGUUUCGUGCUAUGCGUUCAUUAAAGCAAUUAUAUACUAUUGCGAUGGAUGUACAUUCACGUUAUCGUACAGAAGCGUUACGUGAUGUUGUUCCUCGCUUUAAUGAACGUUUUCUUCUUUCUCUUGUAGACUGUGAUACGGCUCUUUGUGUGGAUGAUGAUUUGAAUGUACUUCCCAUCACUGCCAAGAUGCGUGCGGUGGAGAGUAUGCGUACAUCUAAUAAGAGUAAUUAUGAUGCGGAUUUGGCCUUACAAGGAAGACAGAAACAUGAAGCGGAUUUGGCGGCAUUAAAAGAACGAUUACGUGCAAGUAAUGAAGUAGGACCACUUGUUUCUCUUUGUCAAACACUGGAUCAAGGAAAAACAGUUCUUUCACUUAUGCAAACAGUGGUGGAAAAGUCUUUAAAUACCACUUGUGUGGUGACGGCGGGUCGUGGUCGGGGUAAAUCCGCGGCUCUUGGACUUGCCGCUGCCGGUGCAUUGGCACAGGGAUACAGUAAUAUAUUCUGCACAGCCCCAUCGCCUGAGAACUUGCAGACAUUUUUUGAAUUUGUCGUUCGUGGUUUACAGGAACAGGGAUAUAAAGAACGUACAGACUUUGAGGCUAUGCAGAGUACAAAUGUGGAAUUCAGUAAAUGUAUUGUACGAAUUAAUUUAUUUCGUGAACAUCGUCAAACCGUACAGUAUAUUUCUCCACAUGAUGCGGAUAAAUUUGCUCAAGCUGAAUUGGCUAUUAUUGAUGAAGCCGCCGCUUUACCAUUACCAUUGGUAAAACAAAUGUUGGGUCCUUAUCUUGUUUUUCUCUCAUCUACAGUAUCUGGUUAUGAAGGUACAGGACGCAGUCUUUCUAUGAAACUUAUUGCGGAUAUGCGUAAACAAUCUGGAAGUAUUGUUGGGGGUUCUUCUUCUACUUCUACAGCUGUAAGUACAUCUGAUGAUCGUCGUUUUCUUCGUGAAAUUACAAUGACUGAUCCUAUUCGAUAUGGUCCAAAUGAUCCUGUGGAAUCAUGGCUGCAUAAGUUACUUUGUUUAGAUGCAACGGUGCGUCCAUUAACGGUAAAAUCAUGUCCACAUCCUAAUAAGUGUGAACUUUACUAUGUUAACCGUGAUGCCCUUUUCUCCUAUCAUCCAUUGGCAGAACAAUUACUGCAAACUGUUGUGGCUAUGUUGGUUGCGGCACAUUAUAAAAAUCAACCAAAUGAUUUACAAUUAAUGUCAGAUGCACCAGGACAUCACUUAUUUCUUCUUUGUUCCUCAACAGUGGAAACGAAUGGUGAACUUCCAGAUGUUUUUUGUGUUAUUCAUGCCUGUGAAGAGGGUCAAGUAACAUCUGAAUCCAUUAAGAGUAAUCUCAGUCGUGGAGUUCGUCCUUCAGGUGAUCUUAUUCCCUACACCUUAUCUCAAUACUACCUUGAAGAAGGAUUUGCUAAAUUGGCAGGACUUCGUAUUGUACGUAUUGCGACAAAUCCAGAAUUACAACGUGCUGGUUAUGGUUCUCGUGCGCUUGAGUUAUUACAGCAAUAUUACACAGGUUCCAUCUCACUCCAACCCGCAUCAUCGGAAUCUUUAAAAACGAAAGAAGAAACUGAAAAUAAUAAUAAUGAUAAUGAUGAUAAUGAUGAUACAAACAGUACCAGUAAUGUCAUUACCCCUCGUAAACGUAUUCCAAGUCUUCUUACUUCACUUGUUGAACGACCAUAUGAAGUUAUUGAUUAUCUCGGUGUAAGUUUUGGUGUAACGACCCCAUUAUUUAAUUUUUGGAAACGUGCUGGUUAUGAAGCUUUAUAUUUGCGUCAUGCUGCCAAUGAACUCACUGGAGAACAUAGUUGUGUGAUGGUACGUCCUAUUGGAUUUGAUCUUUCUUUACUACGUGCUGAAUUUCAUCAACGUUUUAUUCCAUUACUUUCUAUGCCUUUUCGUGAUCUCCCUACGGAAUUGGCAUUAAGUAUAUUGAAUGAUCUUGAUGUGAAUGACCCGCAAAAAUUAGCGGCUGCUACGGAUCACUCUCAAUCUUCUGAACAUAUUGUACGUGUGGGUGGUCGUCUGCAGUGUACAUUGCGAGAACUUCAACUCAUAUUUAAUCAAAAUGAUAUGAAACGUCUGCGGCUUAAUGCGACGACAUUUGUGGAGGGCGGUUUAGUGCUGGAUUUACUUCCCGCACUGGCGAAGUUGUACUUUGAGGCGCGGCUCCACCGUUUACCGGAUGGAUCGGAGGGCGUUGUGCUCACACACGCACAGGCCGCCGUGCUGCUCGCCGUGGGUCUGCAGUGCCAAACAAUUGAAGAAUUGUCUCGACAGUCCGCCUUUGCGGGGGUGCCGCUGCAACAACUGCGGGCAUUUCUGCAGAAGGCCGUUGCCCGCAUUGUGGAGCACUUCACACGGUUGGAGAAGUUAAAAACUCCUCAAGAGGCGAAUGGACAUUCAUCGGUGAAGAAUGGAGAAGAAGGAGAAGAAGAGGAUGGGGAACAGGAACAGACACGUGAGAUUUACGAUAAGGAUGGACACGUGGUGGGACUUUCCGUUGAAAAGAAAGUUCAACGUGUGGUGAAUGUGGACACGACACUCCUGCGAGAUGCCAAGACCGCAGCGAUUGGAACAAGUAAGAGUGAGAGUGGAACUACUGGUAUACAACGGGCGUUUAAGCGUUCAAAGAAGACUCGUCGUAGUUAA